CAUGGGACUACAAUCCCACAAUGCUAAAGGGGUGGAGGUCCAUGGCGGAGAGCAAUGACUGAGGAGUUUGAUGAAGAGGUGGUCUUUGAGAAUUCUCCGCUGUUCCAAUACUUGCAGGAUUUAGGACACACGGAUUUCGAGACAUGUGCAGCUGUGUUCCAGGAGGCAGAACAUUGCACAGGAGAGGAGGGGCUCCACCAACAGGAUAUCCACACCACACCAAGACAAGGGCUUUUCUUGAAACUGGCUGAUGCCAUUCUGAAGUUGAACCCCUUCCAGCAAGGCAAAGCAUCAGACAGCCCAGAGAUGCAGUUGGAUGUGGGAUUUCGGCAGUAUUCGCUGCAUACCAUCCUGGAACAGGAAGUGCUGCUACAGGAGGAUGUGGAGCUGAUUGAGCUUCUCGACCCCAGUAUCCUGUCCACAGGACACUCUGAGCAAGCGGAAAAUGGCGACACUUUAGGCCUGCGCUUCAUAGCAACUCUAAAUUUUUGGGACCUCCCUGUGCUGGCUGCCUUUAUCGGGGUCCUGAUCGCCCUGCACCUGUUCUGUGAUGAUUUGUCAUGGGUGGCCCUGGGGCCCGGCCUCCUCGCUUUCACCUCCUACGUGUUUCUCAGGGGAUUGAGCCUCUGGAAGACCGCCAGGCUGCGGAUGACUAUGAGAAAGUGCAGCAUCCAGCUGGAGGAGCUGACAGCCAACAGUCGGGCCUUCACCAGCCUGGUGAGGAAAGCACUGCGCCUCGUUCAGGAAACAGAAGUCAUCUCCAGGGGUUUCACCCUGGUCAGUGCUGCUUGUCCAUUUAAUAAAGCGGGGCGACACCGUAGCCAGCAGCUGAUCGGCCUUCGGAAAGCAGUGUACAAAGCCCUGAGAGCCGCCUUCCGAGACUCUCGGCUGGCCACCUGCCACAUGCUGAAGUCGUACCCCCUGAACUCAGAGAUAGACAACGUGACAAACUAUGUAUCAGCAGUGCCCCUGAAGGAGUUGGGUUUAGGUUUGAGUGAGGAACAGCUGUCGGACGAGCAGGCCCAGGAGCUCACCGACGAUUACAGUCUCCCUGCGCUCAAGGUACUUUUUCAGCUGUGGGUGGGGCAAAGUUCUGAGUUCUUCCGGAGGCUGGCUUUGCUCCUGUCCCCAGUGCACAUGCCCACAGACUCGGGUCUGAGCCCUGAGCAUCUGAUGCAUCAAGUAGUGACGGAGGUGACGGGGCCGCUGCACCGCACGCUGACCACAUGCCUAGAGGAACUGCGGCGCAGCUAUGAGUUCCACCGCUACUUCGAGACACAACACCAGCCGCAGGGAGGGGGAGAUCGCUCCAACAGGGCCAGGCAGAAGUGCAGGGAGCUCAACAGCCUGUACACUGCCGUGCGCAGCCUCCAGCUCCAUCUCAAAGCCCUGCUCAAUGAAGUGAUCAUUCUGGAGGAUGACCUAGAGAAGCUGAUGGUUUCCGGGGAGCCUCCAGAGAUGACUUGCACAGUGUACCGGGAGCUGGGGCAAAAACUGAAGCUGAUCCAGCCACACAUGCAGGCCAGUUCAAGCUGCUGGGAGGAGGCGGUGUCCCAGGUUGACAAAAUGAUACGCAGAGCCACAGACUGCAAAGGAAAGCCUGAAACUCCAGAUGAGAGCUUCACUCCUGUCCUGACUCCCACGUCGCGUCCUGUCACACUGAUCGAGGACAGAGAUCCCGUCCCGGAGGAGCAGGAGCUGGAAGCCUAUGUGGAUGACUCCGAGUCGGAUGGAGAGGGCAGGGGGGUGGGGUUUGACUACCUGUCUCCGGAGGAGCGAGCGCGGCAGAAGAAGGAAGGCGAGGAAUCCAAGAGGGUCUUACUGGAGCUCAAAUCAGUGCUGGGGCUCCGAGCCUCCGAGAUGGAGAGGCAGAAGUGGAAGCAGCUGCUGUUCAGCGAUCAAGCUAUUUUGAAUCCUAUAGUGCCUGCAGAGACUUUAGAGCCUGUUGGUACCUCUGAUUCACCCCUGGACACACCCUCCCCUCCACAAGAGUACAGUCGGUAUAAUCAUGCCCCUAAAGAAGAGGGUGAUUGUAGGAGUGAGUUCACUGGCAGUGCUGCAGACUGUCAGACAGAGUAUUGCUGUGCUCUGCCAGAGGGGGCGCAGAGUGAGGAGGACACUACAGACAGGGAGACAUUGAACUCCCACAGGGCUGAGGGAAUGCUGCACUAUCAGUAUGACGGGACGGAAGCAGAUGCUGAGAAUGAUGAAGCUGCUGCUGAAACCAUGCCCUCCCAGGACGUUUUGGAGAAGGUUUUGCCAGCCACUGUGCAGGAGACGCUGAGUGGACUGAAUGGGUCUGCAGCCAUCAGUUUCAGCUCUGCUUUAGCUGCUCAGGCAGCGGCCAGAUCGUAUGCCUUCUCCAGCAUGCAGGAGCAGACCUUCGAAGAGGAUGAGGGUGAAGGCGAGGGGGAGGAUGGAGGAAAACUGAGUGGUGACUCUGAGGAAUAGAAAAAAUGGAGCUGCUUUACUGGCACGCAUUAUUGGAAACUGUACAAAAGGAUAUUCAUUUUAAUAUUUUCUGUUAUUUAUAGAAAUCCUGUAAAGAUAUGUCCGUUUGUAAUUUUAAAACACAACUUUUUAUUUUAACGGCAGAAAAGUAUUGUCUUUUAUGGAUGAACAGAAUAUGUAACCAGAAUGCUUUAAUAUUCCUGUACCUCAUUUCCACUGUCCACAAUACUGUUCUGGAAAUCAUUCUUGAUUAGAACCCCCUUUUGUAACUGUCCUUUUUCCCCUCUGCAUGGGGGGGGGGGGGGGGCAGCAUUGGCUGUGCGGUUCAAAAAAUGAAUACCUCAUAAUGGGUCAGUAUGGCUGUGUUUUCCCACAAAUACUGUCUAUACAUUUUUUUUUUUUGGUAGUAUGUCUGAGAUGGUAACAAACCACUGUGAGCUGUUUAAGAACGGUGCUUAACAAGAACUCAUUAGAGCAUGCUUCUGUCUGAGCAGGGCAACAUUGGACAAUGGAAAUGUAGUAUCAAAGCACUGUGCAUGGAGUAGAUCAACCCUCUAACCUACCGUCCAGCAAAUGGGGCAAGGUGCUGAAACUCGCAAUGGAGUUUCUGAAUGAUAAAGAAUGCUUUCCUUGGUUUUAAUUACCAUCUCAGUAUUUUGAUAGUGGGUGACAAGAUUGGACAGAAAACUGAAGCAGAGACAUACCAUGCUGCUUUAAACAAUGAAACACACUUAAUCAGUGGUGGGGAUUAAUCUGCAGUGUCUGACCAGAGAAACAGCUGCUUAGGCCUUGCCUCUGUCACUACAUAGUAGUGACAUUUUGAGUAGAGAUGCGAAGAGUAUGCCAGGUAAUGUUGAAAAUACAGGUUGUGGUCUUGGGUAUGGUACCCGUACAUUUGAAUGUAUUUGUAAAACCUAAACCGGGACAUGUGCUCUGAAGAAGGACUUGCACUUGGUCUUUAGAGCAGGUACGAAAAUACUUCUGUUUCUUUAACAACAUGAUUGUUUGGUGAUUUAUUUCAUUAAAAUGUGUUGUGGUUUUUGGACACUCAUCUGCUACAUAACUCUGUAGCCUUCUGUAAACCAAAUGCAGUGAUACUGCAUUCACAAUUUCCGUGCCAACAUCUAUUGAAUGGUCCACAAUUGCAUGCAGUUUUGUUGCAUUUGUUAUAUACAAAUGAUGAGAUGGAAGGAUUGUAUUCUAACAAAACAUUCUAUGCUAAAGGGCACCCUUGAUUGUGUUUUAGCAGUAUGUACUUACUACGACUGUGUGCAGCUGAGCAGUCAUUUGCUCAUCAACACAUCUCACAAAGGGCAAAGGGGUUUCAUUGAUGUAACACAAAAUAGGCUAUUUAUUGCACAUCACACUGUUUAAUCACAACACAAGGAUGAAAGGGUUUUGCUGUCAUAGUACUGGUAAAAUAAUAUGUUGACAGCUGGUUUCACAAGCCUUGAUUAUCACUCAUCUUGGACUACCUUACCUAAAAUAACAUUAUGUAGUCCAAGAUUAGUUCUAAUCGAGGUCUGUGAAGCCAGCCCUUAAAGUAAUAUUUGUAAUGUAAACCAAAAACAUGGUACAAUGCCCUGUAUCAAAACCAACAAUAUAUAGGAUCUCUAAAAAAAUAUUGUUAUAUUGUUUGAUUUUUUUCAGUCUACAGCUUAGAUAAAACAGCACACAUGUUACAAAUAGUUUUACCUUUUACAAAAAUAAAAAACAUCAUUUUCUUCACUCCAAAUACAUUACAACUUUUAGCAAGACUGUAUAAUUCCACAAUUUGUGAAAAACAAGUAAGAAUUUUACAUAUUAUUAGAUUUGUAUGAUGAAAUUGACCUUUUAUUAAAAUGUUUUUGUGUGUAAAUCUCCUGUGUAAUCUAAAAGCCCUCCUUUAUGUUGUUGCUUUGUUUUUCUUUGUAUGAAGGAUGUUGACGAGGCACAUGUACUGUGUGGAUUGCACUCGUUCACCACAAACCAUUGACUCUUCUGUUAUCCAGUAUUUUAAAUAAAUAUUGCAG